AGAGAGCGGAAGGGAGCGAAAGAGAGAGAGAGAGAGAGAGAGAGAGAGCGAAAGAGAGAGAGAGCGAGCGAAGAAGAUAAGCAGGAGAGUAGCAGACCAUUAGCGUCCUCCGUCAUCGUCUCCCACCAUCUUAUUAACGAACACUUGCCCACAGUUCUCUCAGCUCCUUGCAUAGUAAUUUUGCGAGAAGCUGAUUCGUCGCCGGAGCUGGGAAGUGUGUGCUAG